GCCAAUUCUGGAAACUUUGUCCUCACAGAGUCAAUAAAUUCAUCUGUCUCUGCUUUCUGCCUUCAGCUUUUGGUCAGAGAAAUUCAAAUUCUGGAAACAUGGCAUUAAAAGGAGCACUCAUUUGGCUUUGCUUGCUAUCAGUCUUGUCGUUCUCUGCAUCCCAAGAUAGCACAAUUCCUCAGAGCUGCAGUGCAGAUGUAUUAGAGCAACUAUCUUCAAAUCUUAAGGUGACAGCAGAGUGCAGUGACAACCUGCCAUUUACUUUGAGUGCACAUCAGACAGCUUCACUUCUGCUCUCCAUGAGGAAUCUGACUGGUAUUCUGCAUAAGCAGCAGCUGAGUGACUGCGAAGGUGCUGAGCCAAAAAAUUGCUCUGCGGCUGAGGUUCCUGACAAUGGAGGUUUGGCAUGUGUCUCUGUUAAUAACAAGCGCUACUGCAAACCUCUUUGCAACUAUGGUUAUGACUUUGGUUUCAUUAGGAGGGGUCGUGUAUACGAUGAAUGCAGCGAGCAGACAAGAUAUAAAUGGAGUACUCAGUACAUAGGAGGAAACAAACUGGCUGUGUGUAACGAGUCUCCUUUUCAAAUUUCUGGGGUACCAUCAGCCUAUUUUCCCAGGGACCAGGACUGCCUGACAACCAAGGGCAACAUCAAACGGCAGAAGAGCAUAAUUCAGCAAUUUACCACUGAGCUGAUAAGUCAGGGAAUAGAUGGGACGCCACAGUUUGAGUGUCUAGUAUGUGGAGGACUGUGAUUAAAAACAAAUAUGGUAAAAUUCAUAAAAGUUGUAGUGUGUCAAUUCCCCUGAGCCACACAAAGAAAUAAAGCUUUGUCAGAAGUUUC